GCCAGUUUCCUACGUGACGGCGUCUGGGGCUGACGCUCGUGCGGGAGACCGAAUCCAUAGCAAACAGGGGGGAGUGUCCUUAGCUGAGACCUGGAUGUGUUCUGGUGUGAUUUGUUGUCCUGGCAACACCUCUUGGUCACGACUGUGUUGUCCUAGACCCCACUCCUCAAAUACUCGCUUUGAAACAUUAGUUAUAUUUUGUGUAUGUUGAAAACAAGGUAUUGAUUUGCCAAAUAUGUGAAAGGAAUAUUAUAACAAACUUUUAACGGGAUAAGUGACGGAUAGAUAAAACAUGUGUCGCGUGUGGGACUGGUGCUAUGGCUCAGCCGAGACGAGCCAGCACGAGUGAAGAGGCAUGGCCAUCCUGCAGCAUUAGACAUAUGAAGCUCAAGGCUUACUCUGCUAUACAAACCUGAACGGGCAGAAGCAUGGCUCAGUUCUCUCCCUUGGUGUUCGCCCCAUAAUUGUAAGCUAAGAAGUGAAGUGAUAUAUGUAUACAAUAGAUAUAGUAGAUACAAAAUAUAUAUAUACAUCUCUGGACUACAUAUGUAUAUUAAUGUUGUCAAAAACAAAUCAAAUCAGGUUGGUGGACAGGUAGAAUCGUGACCCCUUUCAAUCAUUAUGGCUGGGAAGUGAUGCCGAGAACUUGAUCAGGGCAAAAUAUGACACGGAGGUGAGAAGGAAGCAUUUCAAGGACCCCUCCAGCAGCGGCCUUGGGAGUGAUGGCCAUGGAGGCGCUACAGGAGUGAGCGAGCCAGCAGCUGUUACAAAAAUAGACAAAAGACUCUCGGAGGUUCCAUCGCUUCUGGGCGGCGGACAGGAGUCUCCAUUUAAACUACGAUGGCGACUUACACUGCCCUCGUUUUUCUGGCAUGGGUCGUCUGUCUCCACGCCACCGAGGAGACGGACGUUCUGGCGCAGCUCACUGUGCUUGCCAACGAAACAGUGAAGAUCCCGUGUGACCUGUCCACCCGCGGCCUAGGAGACGUGGCCCACAUAGUGUUGUGGUACAGAGGCGCCGCACCUGCUCCCUUCUACAGCUACGACCAGAGGCAAACGGGGGGUCGUCACUGGAGCGAUGAGACAGUGUUCGGGCAGAGGGCGCAGUUUGACCUCAAGCUGACGCCUCCCAGCCUGCGUGUGCGGCCCGUGCGGCCUGGCGACCAGGACACCUACCGCUGCCGGGUGGACUACGAGCACGGGCCCUCCAAGACCUCCACCGUCCACCUAGCUGUCAUUGUGCCUCCCUCACCACCUGUAGUCACGGACGAGAGCGGGUCCGUGGUGGAGGGCACAGCGGGACCCUACCUGGAGGGCGGAAGAGUUAUCCUCACCUGCAAGACUAUAGGAGGCCGCCCGUCCCCUACCCUGGUGUGGCUGAGGGACGGCCGCCUGGUAGAAGACUCCUACACGGUGGACCAUCGCGGCCAAGUAAGGAACCUCCUCCACCUUGAUAACCUGUCGCGCAAGUUCCUGGACGCUACCUUCACCUGCCGCGCCACCAACAACAACAUCACGCAGCCCCUGGACACGAGCGUCACCAUCAACAUGACGCUGGCGCCACUCACCAUCUCCCUGCUCAAAGUGGCUGGCUCACAAGAAUACGUAUCCGCGGGGGUGACAGAGGAGCUUGAGUGUGCCGCUACUGGGAGCAGACCCGAGCCUGUUAUGUCUUGGUGGCGCAACGGACGACGAAUCACCAACCCCAGUGUGCAGCAGGUGCGGCUGGCCAACAAGACUGUGUCCACGCUACGCAUCGUGGCGCAGCCCAGCGACCAUGGUGUAGUGUAUACCUGCCGGGUGGAGAACCCCCUGCUGCCCACCUCCGUUCUUGAGGAGUCGUACAAACUUAACGUCCACUACGUGCCUCAAGUGGACCUGGUGAUGGGCAUGGGCAUAAUACCCAAGUCUGUGAAGGAAGGCUCCGAUGUUUUCUUCGAGUGUCGAGUGAAAUCCAACCCAAAAUUCUACAAGAUCACAUGGAUACACGAAAGAGACAAAAUGACGCACCACUGUACGAGUGUUCAGGGCAGUAGCAGUGAGGGGUGUGUGCGCGGUGCCUCCUUCCCACAGGGCUCGGCGAUGCACCACAAUGUGUCCGCGGGCAUCAUAGUGUCCAACCAGUCACUCGUCCUGCAGCGGGUGGGAAGGGAAAGGGCCGGUCGCUACUACUGCCGAGCCACUAAUCUUCACGGCGAGGGGGUGUCGGCUCCAAUCCCUAUCACUAUCAUGUACACGCCGGUGUGUUCACCCGGCCAGCAGCGGGAGUACCAGGUCGCCCACCACGAGACAGCUAACAUCACCUGUCGCGUGGAUGCAGUGCCGGAUAAUGUCACGUUCACUUGGAAGUUUAACUCGUCAGGGUCAUUACUGGAGUUGGGGGAGGGCAGGGCGGCGUCGUGGGGUACAACAAGCGUCCUGGCCUACACUCCAGCCUCCCCAGGCGACUACGGCUUGCUGCUCUGCACGGCCACUAACUCAAUUGGCACGCAACACAUGCCCUGCGUCAUCAAUGUCACGGCGGCGAAGCCGCCAGACUUGCUGGAGGAGUGUGUCAUAAGAAAUCAAACAACCCAUUCGGUGUUCGUGACGUGCAAAGGCAUCCCCACUGAGCUUCCCCGCACCUUCACGAUGGAGGUGAGGAAUUCUGAGGACCUCCAGCUGGUCACUAAGGUAAGCAACAACACGCCCCACUUUGUGGCCUCGGAUCUCCAUCCCGGCACAGCCUACACACUGCACGUGGCCGUCCACAGUCCCAUGGGAGCCUCUACUCCCAUCAAGUUACAAGCCUUCACUGUCAAGACCGCCGAGAAACGAAUGGGAAUCAGCGAACCUGAGGAAGAGGUGAUGGGCGUGUCGCCUUUGGUCGCUAUCGUAGCAGGAGGCUCAGUGGCCAUUGUGAUCACGCUUGUUAUCAUCAUAGGCAUUGCCAUCAAACGCUGCCCGAGGAGAAGGCCGCCUGCUGGAGACCCGAGUUAUGCCCUCGGCUCCCACGUGUCCGACACCUCACCCAAGGAGACGGUGAGCACCUUCAGCAGGCCGUCACCCGCGUCUGAGGAGCGAAACCCUGACCUCAUUCCGCUCAAGGAAGCGCAAGAAUGCGAUUACCAACUUGAGGAGCUCCGCGUGCCAAGCUGCCAGGUGGUGGGCGGCGUGCCUUCCUGCCAUCAACUAACGACCCUCGGAGCUCCGGGCCCCGUGACGGUGACUGUGCCACUAGGCGGGGGAAUCGUCACCAGCUGUCACCAGCCACAGGACUGGGACGCUUACUACCAGCAUCAACUUCACCACCACCACCAUCACCGUCACCACCACCACCACCAGCCCCCGGCACCACCACCACCCUCUGUAGCUUCAUUUCCUCACCCAUCGUGCGAGGUGAUGGGUGUCCCGCCUCCCCCCCUGCCUGAAGGGGUCAUCCCUCCUCCAAAUUAUCCUAUUCAACCUCCCGUCUCGGGCGCUGCCUACACCACGCCAGCUCACUUUCUGGGCGGCGGUGAGGUGACCUCCUCACCCCACCUGGACCCUCACGCGCACAUCCGGGAUCCGGCAGACUACGAAGGGGAAUCUUUUAGACAUGAGAGCAGCGUAUAGUAAACGAGCCUCAAGGAGACGCGUGCUAUGCUGCGAGACUAUACCAGAACGAAUUUACCUAGGAACAAAUUUUUCAUAAGAAAUAAUUUUCUAAAGAUAUAUGAACUGCGUUGGAAAAUAA